CGUAUCCACUAGACGCAGGCUGCGUUAAUAAACAGGAGCUCUAGUGGCCGGGACAGAACGGGCGUAGCGGCCUUCUAUCUUUACCUUAUACUACAUUUGCUCCCUCGUUCUCAUCACUCACUAAUUUGGCAAGCAGCACGCGCCUGGUUCAUUUUUUUAGCACGCUCAGUUACCCUCCACUCCCCCUUCCUCGCUCUCAGUCUUUGUCUCUCACGUUGCACCGACAAAUCACCAGCGCUCUCGUGGCUAGCUGACGAUUCGCUGACGCUGCCGCCAACGGACCAGUAGAAGUGAACCAACGAAAAAAGUGAGUUCUCCAUUCAAGGUGAAGGCUAACGUUGCAGCGCACCGAAGAGAAUAGUCAGGAAAGGAUCCCUCUUAGGAAAAUGGAGGUGCCGCGUUUGGGACACAGCAUCAGUAGCCCGACAAGCCCGUGCGAAGACAUGAUCAAGAAUCUGAGCUUGGAAGCGAUUCAGCUGUGCGACAGAGAAGGAAAUAAAUCCCAGGACAGUGGCAUUGCGGAAAUGGAGGAGCUUCCUGUUCCACACAACAUCAAAAUCAAUAACAUCACAUGUGACUCCUUCAAGAUCUGUUGGGAUAUGGACCCAAAAUCGAAAGAGAGAAUCACACACUAUUUCAUUGACCUCAACAAGAAAGAAAACAAGAAUUCAAACAAGUUUAAGCAUAAGGACGUCCCUACCAAGCUAGUGGCGAAGGCUGUCCCGCUGCCCAUGACUGUCAGAGGUCACUGGUUCCUAAGCCCACGUACCGAGUACACCGUUGCUGUCCAGACUGCUUCUAAGCAAAGCGAUGGGGACUACGUGGUCUCUGAAUGGAGUGAGAUUAUAGAGUUCUGCACGGCUGAUUACUCGACUGUACACCUAACACAGUUGUUAGAGAAAGCAGAAGUUAUCUCAGGCCGAAUGCUGAAGUUUUCAGUGUUUUAUCGAAACCAGCAUAAAGAAUAUUUUGAUAAAGCCAGAGAGGACCAGAACAAUAAAAUGCUGCCAUCCGUCAAAGACAACAGUGGUAGUCACGGCUCCCCUAUUAGCGGGAAGCUGGAAGGAAUCUUCUUUAGCUGCAACACCGAGUUCAACACUGGAAAGCCUCCUCAGGAUUCUCCCUAUGGAAGGUAUCGGUUCGAGAUUAAUGCCGAUAGACUGUUCAACCAGAAGACUAACCUUUACUUUGGUGACUUUUACUGUAUGUACACCGCCUACCACUAUGUCAUCCUUGUCAUCGCUCCUUCUGGUUCCCCAGGAGAUGAGUUUUGCAAACAGCGCCUCCCCAUGUUAAAUAUUGCAGACAACAAAUUUAUGACCUGCACCGAGGAGAACGGCAGGCUAAUUUUUCAGCACGCCCAGGAUGUCAUUUUGGAGGUCAUUUAUACUGACCCUGUGGAUCUUUCACUUGGGACAGUUGCUGAGAUCAGCGGCCACCAGCUAAUGAGCUUGUCCACAGUAAACGCAAAGAAAGACCCGAGCUGCAAGAUCUGCAACAUCAGUGUUGGACGCUAAGUGGUACGAGCUGAGCCGAGCCUGAUGGUCUGACCCUUUACUGCUCCAUUUUCCAUUGUUCAGACUCUCACAGAAGCAUGCAUUUGCAGCUUUAUACCAAACAGCAGAUUGAUUUCUCUUUAUUACUCUUUUUUUCUAUCUCCUGGUUAGAUUGGUUUGUGUUCCUUUACUUUCUGAGAUAUUUGUGAAGUUACUGCCAAGUCGAACAAUAACAAUGCUUUUCUCCCCCUGCGCCCUGGCUGUGAUGCUUAACAGACUGACCGUCAUUUCUACUGUUUUAGAGCUGCAAUGUAUUGUUUUGCCAAAGGUAACAAAAAUGAAUUGAUACUGCUGUAGAAAAGUGACAAUAACAGCUUCUACAUGGCAUUCUAAAUGCAUAUUAAUGUUAUCCUGUGAUUAAAACAAUUACUCGAUAAUUUAAACGAGCAUGAUAGGUUGUACUUGCAGCAUGAAAAUUAAUAUUGAAAAAAAAAAACUAGAAAUGUCAGCACUUCCAACUUGUUGUUCAGCAGUGUUACAUGUUAUUUAUUAUAGAUAACAGAAACCAUAUACUGUGUUCAAACAUAAUAAAUGUGAUAGAAAAAAUAUU